AUGAGGGCUUACAGGGGAUUAUUCGGCCAGUCGAGAGAUCUUGCUGGAUACGAACGUAUGAGAAUGAAAAGAAUAGAAGGAAAAGCACUACUUGUCAAGGAAAGUUCUCCAGGAAUGUCAGCAAGAAUUGGAUAUCAACUGGAAGAUAUAUCGCGAUAUCUAGAUGGUUUACGAGAACAAAGGAAAGCAAGUGAAGAUAUCAUUGGCCAUUUGAAAAAAGAACGAGAAUUAAUCUCAUUACAGAUUGAUGAACUACGUAUAAAACUCAAUACAUUAGAUACGAGAAUAGGAAAAGAGGAAGAGAUUUGUUCACGUUUGGAAAGAACGAUAGCGCACGCAAACGAAACAUAUGAAAAACUUGUCGAAUCCUCUCAAAGUUUAGUGGACUAUGUUAAAAAAGAAUAUGAAGGCGCUCGCAGUUCAGGAUCAUCACUUACUUGA